AGGAGACUAGCGACAUCUGCCGACGAGUUCGAGAAGAACAAUAAUGGCGGAUUACGAGCAUAAACGCAAGGGUUGCACCGACGACGGAGGGCCGCAGGAGGAGGGAGGCAGAGUGAAAACUAAGCCUGUCUCUUCUAGCACUGUGGGUGGAGAAGGGACUGCAGUCAAGCGCACAUCCCAGCAUCUCACACCAGAGGAUGAAGAUGAAUCCUCGACAGACCCACCAGCACCCUGCAAAGUCUCCAAAAUAGGCUUUAGCAUGAGCAGUCAGAUGGGGAAGAAGUCAAACCCCAUAUCUAUCAAACUUGGAGCAACAAAACCCAAAGAACCUGUACCAUCACUGCCUCCAAAAAAGGCAGGGCUGGCAUCUGUUUUCAACGAAGACGAUGAUAGUGAACCCGAGGAGAUGCCCCCAGAAGCAAAGAUGAGGAUGAAGAACAUUGGCAGGGAGACACCAACAUCUGCGGGACCUAAUUCCUUCAACAAGGGCAAGCAAGGAUUCUCUGAUCAUCAAAAACUUUGGGAGAGGAAGCUGAAGGCCCAAGCAGACAAACUGUAAAUGACUACCAGAGGUUUUGUCACUAAUGGAUCAUUUUGUCUAGGUUAAACAGAGAUAUCUAUGAAGGCUCACAUGAUUCCUCCCCGUAACCUCAGCUUUGACAACUUCUCAUGUUUGCAGACAUGCAGUGGAGAAUUAUGUUAGCCUCUCCAUGAUACUCUGUCUGAACUCAUGUUUACAUGUCUAACCACUACCGGCUGAUGCUAACUGAGAGGAGAGACACCAGGCCCCUGUGAUAAGAGGUGCGGAGUGAAGAGAUGGGACAAACAAAUUAGCCAGAAUAUUGCGGAAACUGUAUUAAAUUUGCUGCAGUUGCUUUUUGCUGGCUAAUGAGAAAAUCUAGCAUCUUAGAGCCUUCAUGCCCCUUUUACAACAUGCUUGCUCCUAUCUGAAGCUGGUUAGGUGUGGUCCUGAGCAAGCUUUUAAUUUGACCUAAUAUUUGUGUAAAAAUGUACAUAGAAGUGUGAUAAUGUUUUAUUUUUAAAUCCACAAGUGGGAGUGUGAUUUUGAAUGUUAUGUUAACGUGUGGAGCAAGCGGGGCAUGGACUAGACUUUUAUUUAGUUUGUCAACAUCAAUAUACAACCCUGUGUUUUCACCAGCUGUGCCACCUCAUAGGCAGCCUUUUCUUUGAUUUUUAGGUUUUGUUUUAUGUUUGAGCUUUGUGCCAGUAGUUCUGGUUUGGCUGACUCAACACUGAUUUCUUUCCGUUUCAAUGAAUCUGGCAAACUAUCUGUGGGAAUGUGUCUGUUUUCAUUUCUAUGUUCACAACUGAAGAACUGAAUGUGUUUUUAUUUGACAACUGUGAGAAGGUCAUGACAUAGAUACAAGGGUGCUGGUAACGGUCACAUCAGAUGAUAUGUGAGUGGUUAAAAUAUAGGUUAGCAAUGACUACGUACAUUUAUAAACUUUUUUCAUUGCCAGUUUAACAUCAGAAAGCCCACAUUUCAUAAAUAUAGCCCCAAUCCUUUUAAUUUAGAUAAAUGUUGUACCUCAGUGACUUUUCCUGUGCCUGAAACUAUUUUUGGGAAAUCCCCCUGAUCAAAAAUCUAAACUUUGAACUCCUCUGAGUUACCUCAAUGUUGUGCAGAAUUUCCUAAAUAAAUUACAUCUAUAUCCACUGCUAUGACCUGUUAUAUCAAACAUAACUCUUGAACACAGUAAAAGAAAAUAAAACAUUUUGGAUCAUA